CUCUGGCAUCGCAGCCGGAGCGCGGGGACGAGGAUUCCCCGGGCCGCCGCUGGCGCGGGGAGAGCCGCAGCGGGUGCUGGCGUAGCUCCGGAGGGCCUGCGCCCCCGGCCGUGCGCUCUGGGCAGGCGAGCUUCGCUGAGGCCCGGCCCGGGGUGCCGGCCGCUUCCUGCCGGAGGACCGCGGGGACCCCAGAAAGGCGUCCCCCGCGCGGCCCGGGCCGGUGUCAGGGCAGGGAUGAACGAGUGUCGCGGCGAGGGCGUCUCUCCACCCCUCGCUCGCUUCGGCUGCGCCGCGAGGCCGACAGGAAGGCGCGAGCCGGGCGCGUGCGAGCCCAGGCCGCCUCACGAAUGCCAGUCAGCCCACAACAUUGUGGAGUGUGGUCCUGAGCUGGUGAUGCCCUGGGUGACUAUGGAAUUCUGGGAAAAGACGAGUGGUAAUGCACACAUGGUCCUACUUCUGUCCCACCCCCGUACUGGGCUGGGAGUAGAGACCUCCUUCCCUCAAACUACCACUGCAAAACCCUGCUUUCAGGUUUGACUUGUGCAGAUUCGGGCCUGCAUUCCAGGAUGGUUUGUUCUUGGGACCAGACCUGACCAGAAGUUGACCUCAUGAGCACAUCAGCCCCUCCCGCUGCCAUGCUCCUCCGGAGGCUGAGGCGGCUCUCCUGGGGCAGCACCGCUGUCCAGCUCUUGAUCUUAACGGUGGUGACGUUCGGCUUGCUGGCCCCCCUAGCCUGUCACCGCCUCCUGCACUCUUACUUCUAUCUGCGCCAUUGGCACCUGAACCAAAUGAGUCAAGAAUUCCUGCAGCAAAGUUUGAAAGAGGGCGAAGCUGCCCUCCACUACUUUGAGGAGCUGCCGUCUGCCAAUGGCUCGGUGCCCAUCGUCUGGCAGGCCACCCCCCGCCCCUGGCUGGUCAUCACCAUCAUCACUGUCGACAGGCAACCUGGCUUCCACUACGUCUUGCAGGUGGUGUCCCAGUUUCACCGGCUUCUGCAACAAUGCGGCCCCCAGUGCGAGGGGCACCAGCUCUUCCUAUGCAAUGUGGAACGUAGCGUGAGCCACUUCGAUGCCAAGCUGCUGUCAAAGUAUGUCCCGGUGGCCAACCGCUAUGAGGGCACUGAGGAUGAUUAUGGUGAUGACCCUUCGACCAACUCGUUUGAGAAAGAGAAGCAGGACUAUGUCUAUUGCCUGGAGUCCUCCCUGCAGACCUACAACCCAGACUAUGUCCUGAUGGUGGAAGACGACGCCGUCCCGGAAGAGCAGAUCUUCCCAGUCCUGGAGCACCUUCUGCGGGCUCGCUUCUCCGAGCCGCACCUCAGAGAUGCCCUUUAUCUGAAGCUCUAUCAUCCCGAGAGGCUCCAGCACUACAUCAACCCAGAGCCCAUGCGGAUCCUGGAGUGGGUCGGCGUGGGCAUGUUGCUGGGGCCCUUGCUAACCUGGCUAUACAUGCGGUUUGCCAGCCGUCCAGGGUUCAGCUGGCCCGUCAUGCUCUUCUUCUCCCUGUAUAGCAUGGGUCUGGUGGAACUGGUGGGCCGGCACUAUUUCCUGGAACUGCGGCGGCUGAGUCCUUCCCUGUACAGCGUGGUCCCUGCCUCUCAGUGUUGCACCCCCGCCAUGCUCUUCCCUGCCCCUGCGGCCCGCCGGACCCUCACCUACCUGUCUCAGGUGUACUGCCACAAGGGCUUCGGCAAGGACAUGGCACUCUACUCACUGUUGAGGGCCAAGGGGGAGCGGGCCUACGUGGUGGAGCCCAACCUCGUGAAGCACAUCGGGCUCUUCUCCAGCCUCCGGUACAACUUUCAUCCCAGUCUGCUCUAGAGUGCCAAGAAAUGCCUUUCUGAACUUGGCCGCUUCUCGGUGAUUCCGAUACCGAGUUCUUUAUUUCGACAUGGUUGCUUGCAGUUAUUUCAUUGUUUCAUGUUGUUAGGGAUCUAGGCACUGAGACAGCUGAGAACGUACACGUCAAGAACCUUGGCUUUCGUAACUCUGGCAGGAGUGGAUGUUCGCCCCGAGGCGGGACCCCUCUCCCUCCACACAGCCACACUGCCUCAUGGAGUCUGACCCGCUCGCCCAGGGGGCAUUUAAAUACCAGUUGUAUUCUGCAGUUGUCGUCAGCUCUGCUUUGUGAUCGAGCUUGUGACUGCCAGAAAUAUUGUGCACAAAGACAAUGACCGUUUUAGGAUUUUAAGGGUAGGAUUUGGUGAAAGGCGAGAUCCUUUCCAAGGGAUUUCUUUCUCACUGGGCAUGAGAAUGGAUGUAUGUCUAGAACAUAUGUCCAAAGAGGCAGGACCAUAUUGGCAGGUUCCAUUUGUUUCUUUGACCUGGUGUAGUGAAAGCCGGUAAAAGCCGUUGGCAGUGCCUGACGACUUGGCGGCAGGUGAUCUUGCUUCUGUUACGUGGUGUUUCUUUCCCAUGCAUCUGUAGCAUACUGAUGGUCAGUAUUGUUGUGAGAACUUUAAGGCACAGUAAGAUCUGGAAGCACCUUCUGGAUCAUCAAGGUCAGACUGCUUAUGUUCAGUAGUGAUUUCAUAUUGAACGUUUCUAUCAUAUUCUGAUUCUUUGAAAAUUGGACAUUGAAGAAUGAUGUAAACUGGGUGAGCUCUUUACGAAUAGCAUAUCCUUUUCCUUAACUUUGCUGGCUAACCGUUCAACCUCAUUUUUUUUUCCUUCUGGGUAUCAUGAUGUUAGAGAAGCAAAAGCGUAGACUGUGAAGUCGGAAGGGCCUGAGUUUUUAUUUCAGAUCUCUGCCAUGUCCUAGUGAUGUGCACUUGGGCAAGUCAUGACCACUCUGAGUCUCUGUUUUUUCACGUGUAAAAUGGGGAUGGCCAUACCUACCUUUGAAAGUUGCCUUGAGGAUCAAGUGACAGAACGUAUGUAAAACACCCAGCAAGUGCAUAUAACACUCAAGUGUAUUUUGGAUAAAGAUAUUAGAGAUACUGUUUCAAGUGUGUAGUAGGGCCCUAGGGCUCCUACCCGGGGGGGUAGCCAUUCUGGACCAAGCUCCUAGAAUAAAGGCUGGCUUGUUGUUGUGUUGAAGGAGAUGUAGCUCAGCUUUCACCUGGUGCUGCCUCCAGCCAAGACAAAAAUAAUGGUUCGUUCGAACCGGAAAUGAUCUGAGACUGGUCUUGAGCUUAUUCCAAGACCUGCGUCUGAAAACUACUCUCCUCCGAAGUUACACUUAAAUGUCCCCUGACGAUACUUACCAAGCCAGAGGCCAGUAAGUCCCCUCGUGAAGAUGGAUGUUGACAUCGGAGUUCAAGCGUUGACGGGUCGUUUCAUUUGCUUUUGAAAUUUCCAGUGAGCUUCCAUCCGGAGAUCCCCUGGAGAGCACUGAGAACCUGGGAGUUCCACACCAUGCUUUGCAGAUGGACAAACUGAGGCCAAGGGAGGUGAAACCGCUUCCCCGGGGUCGCUCAGCUGGACAGCAGCGGACUUCCAGCUCCAGCACUUUUCUCUUAAGCACAUUCAUUUUCUAAAUAUCCAUGCCGUCAGCAUCUCUUUUGUAGAACCUGAUUGUAACCUGGGUGGAACAAUGUCUCUGUAAGCUCCCAUGGUAGAAACUCAUUGUCCUGUAAGUCUUGGGGAACCAACAGGUCUACGUGUGUGUUGUGUUGUUCUCGUGAGACGUCAUGUGUCGCUCAGGAAUGUCCGGAGUGAGCGGAGCUUCUGGAUGACUUGUCAGGAUGUUCAGAUUCCACUGCUUCAUUCAUCCCCUCCCCAUCCCUGGCUCAUCCCAUGUUCGGGAACAGAAGCACCUCUACUGCCUGCACCGCCUGCAACUCUAAAUUAGAGUCUGUUGCAUUAACGAUUGGAUCUCCUCGGGAAUGUUUUUUGCCCAGCAACAGAAAGUUACAUCUAAGAUAGCUAAGCAGAAGAUAGGGAAUCAUUGCUGGUUUAUAUUUCUGCUCUUUCGGAUUCAGUUGUCUACCGCAUGCAGAUAUCUCCUCCCUUGACUCCUUCAUUCUGGAUGGCUAAAGCCAUCUUUGCCUUGUCUAAUUUCUUAUGUAUCCACUAAGAUGCCUUCCCCCGUCGAUCUUAACUAGAGCCUACUGUCUUUGGACAUUUUCUGCAGAGGCAGGCUCAGUUCUGCUGUCUUAUCCUCACCCUCUUCUAGAUCUCCGUCCCUUUUGUCCCUCAUUCCUAGAGUCCAGUUUUUUGUGCUGUCCUUGGUUAAGACAGCUGGCAGCUUUACACCAAAGCUGAAGUCUCGUUUAAUCCUAAGCAAGGGGGCUAGAGGAGAACUAAAGGACAUAGGUCACCAGGAGGGUGAAGGUCUCUAACAGAACCUGCUCACCCUUCUGGGUUUAAAUAAUUGUCAGGCCUAAGAAGUUCCCUAUUGCGACUGGGUAUAUGUGCAUAGACAUAUCAGUUCAAAUUAGAACACCUGUUCCACUGAGGCAUCCUGAGAAGACUUUUGUCAUUCUCUCUCAUUCCUUUUUUUUUUUUUUUAAGAUUUUAUUUAUUUAUUUGACAGAGGGAGACACAGUGAGAGAGGGAACACAAGCAGAGGGAGUGGGAGAGGGAGAAGCAGGCUUCCCACCGAGCAGGGAGCCCGAUGUGGGGCUCGAUCCCAGGACCCUGGGACCACGACCUGAGCUGAAGGCAGACGCUCAACGACUGAGCCACCCAGGCGUCCCUCUCUCUCAUUUCUGUGGAUGGACUUUUCUGAUGUGAAUAGUAUCAAAACUACACACACACACACACCCCAUUUUGGAGUCCCAAGGUAGCCAUUCACAAUUAUGGGCUGUUGGCUUAAAAAUUCAUAACUGAUUUUGUUGUAUUUCUUAAGUGGAAACAUUUGAAUUGUGCAUUCCUUUUUAUUGUUGUUUAAAGAAAAAAGGGUGACAAUGCAACUGUGCAACUGAAGAAUACAAAUCGGAUUAAUAUGAUGAUAGGAUUAAUCUAAUUUACCUUGGAUACACUCCUUAUUUGGUAGAACUUAUUUAUUUGGUAACUUAAAUUUGGGUAGAGAGGCAUUCUAAUUGGAGUUGAUUGCUGUGGGAUUUUUAUAUACACUACGAAACAUUGUGAGCUAUAGUAGUACACAAUAUGAAGUUGGCUAAUUUUUUUUUUUUUAAGAUUUUAUUUAUUUAUUUGAGACAGAGAGAAUGAGAGAGACAGAGAGCACAUGAGAGGGGGGAGGGUCAGAGGGAGAAGCAGACUCCCUGCCGAGCAGGGAGCCUGAUGCGGGACUCGAUCCAGGGACUCCAGGAUCACGACCUGAGCCGAAGGCAGCCGCUUAACCAACUGAGCCACCCAGGCGCCCCUGAAGUUGGCUGAUUUUAAGUCACAUGAACCACCUGGAUAUUUUUAUCCCAACUACAGUGAAUUUGCUGAGAAAUGCUCAUUAACUGGCACGGGGUUUGUUUUUAGGUUGGAUUUUAUUUGGAAAACCUUUGGGGGCUAUGUCAAAGAUGAUCGAUAAUGUAAUUAAAAAGUACUUAAUGUAUUAGAACUGCAGUGGAAAUGUACUGUGGCUUCCAGCUCUCUCCAGGACUUGGGUUGUAGCAUUGUCAUGAGUCAUCACUCUUAAGAAUGGGUAUUUUUGGCUUAGAACUUAACAGAUUUUCUUGAUUUUUUUCCCUAAUGCCCUACACAGAAAUGUGAGUGAAUGAACUGAUUCAAAAGAGGCAGCUCUACUAAUAAUCUGGGGUAAAAGCAGAUGAAAAUCCAAAGCCAAAUGAUGAAUUUAUCCAAAAGAAACACGGAACAGAUGGUGUUAGUAUGUAGGAAUGGGGUAGCUUUAAGAUGUCCGAGAGAUGGAAGAGGAAGACAAAGAUGUAGAGUGAAGCAGAGGAUCUCACAUUUGUCACGUUUCUGUGUGUCCCAAACUCCGUAUGUAAUCAAUUCUUUUUUUUUUUAAGAUUUUAUUUUUAAGUACUCUCUACACCCAACAUGGGGCUCAAACUCACAACCCCAAGAUCAAGAGUCGUAUGGUCCACUGAGCCAGCCAGGCGCCCCUGUAAUAAAUUCUUCCUGUGUGUCCCACUGUCAUGAAAUCUUUAUAGGACCAGCCUAUGGAGAAUGCAUAGGAACUAAAUAAUGAAUAGUCAGUGUUCUAGAUAAAUAGUUCAUUACUUUGCUAGGACCUGGCUUCCUACUGCAUUUAGAAUAAAGUUCAGCCCCCCUACAUUCCCUUCCAGGCCAGGUGGAAUCUUGCCCCUGCAAAUUGUCUGACUUAUGUCUUAUUACCACUCCCAUCCUUGUUCUCCAGGCUCUAACCAUGCCAGCUUGCGUUCACUUGCUUAGACUUGCUGCACUGAUUCUUACUGCAAGGCCUUUGCAUGGCCAUCCUCUCUAUCUGGAACACUUUUCCUUUGGCUGAAUCUUUCCUAUAAUCUAGGCCUCAACUUAAUUUUAAUCCUUCCCAAUAGACUUCCCAUCCUCUCUAAAGCAGUCGUCCCCCUUCCCGAUCCCCAGGCCCAUCUAUCACUUACCCAGUUUGAUUCUCUUCAAAGCUCUUGUCAUGACCGAAAUUCCCUUAUUAUCUUGGGAUAUUUCCCCCUCCUCUCCCCAAAGGAUAUAAACUUCCCAAUAUCUGGACUCUUCUUUUUCAUUUACGCUGUAUACCCUGGAACAAUACCUGACACAUAGUAGGAAAUGAAUGAAUGAAAGAGGAAGGAAGGAAGGAAAGAAAGGCAAGCAGGAA